GCCCAACUCCCUUCCACAGCUAAUGGCUGAAAUUUUUUUUUGAUUAGAAAUUACUCACAGCUUUGAGGUUGAUAAAUUUGUGGCUAGAUUUGUUUAUUUAUUGGUCAAGCCAAACAAAAAAGUUGAAUCAAAAUAUACUUUUUCAAUCGAGAAAAAAAAAGUCACUUGAAUGAAAGCAAAAUGUGUUUGAAUGCGAAAGUAAGGGCGAAACCUUGGUCAUGCUGCUUUUUCUUUACUGGCAAAUUCAGCCAUUAGCUGUGGAAGGGGGUUGGGGGAAAAUGUUCACCCAUUAUCUGUGGAAGGGGGUUGGGCGUCAGGCUACUUUCAGACACUGUUACUUCUUACUUGACAAUAAACUGCUAAACUUCUGAGGAUUUUUUAACAGUAUUAUAAUAAUUCUAAUUUAUUCGGAUGUAUUUGUUUGAAUACCCUCAACAUGUUAAAAAGCAUUUUUGAAAAGAUCAGUUAACAAUAUGCUGCGAAUAUACAUUGAUUUACAUAGAUAAUUCAGAAAUACUACAACUAAGCACACCAAGCAACAGUGGUAACAAGAAAAGCAAAAGAGCUGGCCACAUCACACAUCAAUGCGAAGGAGUCACGCAAAGAGAACGAGCUUUGUCAGGAGCCCCUCACACCCAGUUCCAGUAAAAGAGCCAAGUGUCGAGUUGAAUGCUCACGCAACCAGCAGAUGUGUUCACUGCUACAGGUACACCUGUGGCAAAUGCAAGAAUGAGCUAGCAAUGGAGUGCCAACCCUGUUAUGACAGCCCAGACAAUACGCAACCACCACCGCUGAGACAACAUGUAUUUUGCAUGAUGACUACAAUGAAAACUAUGGACAAAAAAAAUUGUUGUGUUGGCAUAUUUUGCUUUUGAUAGACGUUUUUAUCUCCAGGGUGUCCCCAAAUGGGACACCCAUGGUACUUCUAGUGUUAUUGACCUGUAGUAGUCAGAGCAGAGGGGCAAAGAGGGUGAGGGGGAAGAGACCUCUACUAGAAAGUGGAGAAAGCCAAGAUGUUUAUACAUAGCAUAUACACACACAUAUACAGUACUGGCCAAAAGUUUGGACACACCUUCUCACUGGUGCAAUUUAUUUAUUUUCAUGACUAUAUACAUUUGUAAAUUCUCACUGAAGGUAAUAAAACUUUGAAUGCAUAUGUGUGGAGUUAUGUACUUAGCAAAAAAAGGUGGAAUAAUUAAAACCAUGUAUAAUAUUCAACUAUCCUCAAAGUAGCCACCCUUUGCUCUGACUACUUUUUUGCACACUCCUGCCAUUCUCUCGAUGAGCUUCUUCAGAGAGUCACCUAGGAUGUUUUUUUUUUUAAUUCAAAGGUAUGCCUUUUCAGGGUUAAUUAGUUGAAUUUAUUGCAAUGGGGUUGUAACCUUCAUUUGUGUUGUAUAGAAUGAGGUGUGUCCAAACUUUUGGCCUGUACUGUAUGUAAAUAUGUUAUGUAUAAUGUUUGGAUAUAUGUUUUUGUGUAUGUGUGUAAGGGAAAUUAGACUGACCCAGAUAUUACUUAUAUUCAAGUAACUAUUUCUCAGGGUUUGAAAUUACAGCCAUUCGUGUUACACGUGUGCCCGAAAUGUUAUUUGUGCGACUUACAAAUAUUUGGGAACAAACUAUUACUGUGUUGUAAGUCAAAGUCGUGGCAUUAGUCUCUUUACAUGGCGACUCUGCAACACAAAGACGCAAUGACUGAGCAGCGGAAUCGCCUCGCGUGCAUAUGGUGUCGGCGAAGACGAAAAAUUCUGAAUCCUGCCUCCAAGGUGGAAGAAUUCAAUUGCGGGGGGUUGAGGGGGGCUUACUCUGCAUGAAUAUCAAAAGCUCCCGCGGCGCAAGACCCCGCCGAUAACGUCAGCACUCGUACAAGUCACAUUGGGCGUGCGCAGCGGUGCUACUAAAUUUUAAUAUUUUUAAAUUAAAUCUGUUGAUUAUUUCCAUUUUUUGUGCCUUUUUGAACAAAAGAAAAAUGCCAUUGCUUCGAGUGGGCGGGCAUUUUUUUUUUUUUGGAGCUUGUUGGGGCAAAGUGCAUCAUUCGCUGUCGCCUUGUAAAUCUGUACUGCCCUCUAGUGCCUGGCAUGAAUACUACAUCGUUUUCAUGCGGAAUUUCAACAUUGUUCGAAUGGAGACGGGCCCAUAUAAAUGCAAAUUUGAAAUUUUUCGUAUUCUCGGAGAGUCACCAUGUAAACGGUCCCAUAGUUUUGUGCUUGGAUGCUACGUUCACUUACAUCAUGUGUACUCCCGGGGGCUAAGCCCUCCUGUUCUUAAAACUUAGUGACACCCCUGCUAACUACUAUAACACUUUUAGCCUAACUGUGACCUGAGCUGACAGUGAAUUAGUUAAGUUAUUGAUAACUAUUGAAUAGAGGUCAACUGUACCUGAAACAGCUAAUAUUUGUUCAAGUAUAAAUGUAUUUUCCAACUUUUUCAUUCUCAUUCAUUCAAGGGCUCCGUAAAUAGACUAUAUCCUACCUAUUUAACAAACUACUGCACUCAAUUUGAGGCAAUACAAAGUCUCGCGAUCAUAAGCGGAUUUUAGGGGGGGCCCCUCUGGUGUCCGAAAAUUGUCAUUGCAUGUAAUUGACUUUCCUAUAUAGAUAAAAGUUGCAAAGCAAUAAAACUGCAACAAAAAUGAAUGAAAUGAACAAGACGGUUACUUGCAUUGCAUAUAAUAAAAAAAAAAAAGACAUUUGAAAAAAAAAAAAUUUGAAAAAUGAUUUUUUUCUUUGACCGAAUUUUUUUUUUUUUUUUUGAUUGAUUGAAGCAACCGUUUUGGGGGAUUGAAUGAUUUAGACACAAAUGUCCUGAUCAUAAUAUUGCCCAAACACAAAAAUGAUUCCUUCAAUCAAAGAAAACUUUUUCAAUGAAAAAUUAAGUGUUCAAAUGCAAAUUUUUCAAUCUCAAAUAUUUUUUUUCGCAUUCAACAACUUUUUCUAUGCUUCAAUAAAAAAAAAAAAAAACGAUUUCAAUUAAAAAUAGAUAAAUAAAAAAAUAAUAAUAAUACAAUAGAAGUAAUAUAGCGUUCACAUGCAUUUUUAAAGAGUUUUUUUAAAAUUCAUUUUUGCAUUCAAACACAUUGAGUUUCCAAUUUAUUUUUGCAUUCACUUUUUUUUUUUUUUUUUUAAUUGAAGCGACAUUUUUUUUGGUUGAAUAAUAAAGACACAAAUCUACCUCCAUAUGGCUCCGCCCAGAGGAUACAAUUUUUGACUGGGAUAACUACAUUGGCACGACACCGGCGUACCAUAUUCAAUGGAUGAGGAUCUUGGCGAAAAGUAUUGCCUAAGCAGCCUGAUUUAGAAUUCCCCUCAAGAAUGAUGGGCACCAAAAGACGCUCAUUGUCAACUGAUUAUUAUAAAUAUUCUUGUAAGUUAAUUUUAUUGCCGACACUGCGUUUCGGGGUCAUCAACAUGUUGUGCCCCCCCUGCCCAAGUGGCGCCGUGGUUGGCCACCCCACUGGCCACCCCACUUGCCGGUAUAUUGUUAGAUUGUUGUAGCAUCAGUUAUGCAUUUCAUCUCAAAUAAUGCAUUUAUUUUGUUUUGUUAAAUGUAGGGCUGUCAAAUUUAUCGCAUUAACAGGCAGUAAAUAAAUUUUUAAAAUUAAUCACAUGAAAAUAUUUAUCGCAAUUAACGCAUUCGCAGUAUGACCCAUUCACGCAUUGCCUCAAACGGUCUACAAUGGCGUCGUUUUACUUCUAUACAGAUAUGAGGCAGUGUUAAGUGAGUGGAGUAGAUAAAAGCGUUUAUUGGGGCCGUGCAUUUAAUUGGCAAAAGCUUUGUCAUCUCUCCCACAGCAACUAUAAAUAUUGUGGGAAGCGACGUGGGGAAGAAUGACAGGAGUCGAUCUUUGCCUUAACACCUUGUAGUGUACCCAACGCAGAGAAGAUAUAGCAUUUGCAGCCACCACACAGUCAUGGUUGCACCACUUCCCAUCAUGCAUUUGGGCAGAACAGUUAAGUCGCUACAGUAUCAUUUACUGAAAGCUCAACAAAUACACUAGAUGGCAAUAUUUAGUCACAAUAUACAAACUCACAUUUAUCCUUUAAGAAUUACAAGUCUUUCUAUCUGUGGAUCCCUUUCACAAAGAGAAUGUUAAUCAUGUUAAUGCCAUCUUGUGGAUUUAUUGUUAUAAUAAACAAAUACAGUACUUAUGUACAGUAUGUUGAAUGUAUAUAUCCGUCUUAUCUUUCCAUUCCAACAAUAAUUUACAGAAAAAUUUGGCAUAUUUUAGAGAUGGUUUGAAUUGCGAUUAAUUAUGAUUAAUAAAUUUUUAAGCUGUGAUUAACUUGAUUAAAAAUUUUAAUCGUUUGACAGCCCUAGUUAAAUGUACACCUUAUGUCCAAGGGUGAAGAAAGUGGGCCUUAACGGUCAGGAACGCAGUUCCGGUAUAAGAUUCAGGGGUGGAACGCAGUUCUGGUAUAAAGUGCUUUGAUUCCGAAAAUAUGACGGCAACUGUCAAAACGCUAUGUUUAAAAAAAAAAUGGAACAACAACAAGCAAUGCAACAGAAAAUCAAAUCUUUAAGAGCAAAGAAAGAGUUGCAUGCAUUUCAUCUCCAAGAAGAAAACAAUCUACCAACAUCAGAUUUACAUACACAAGUGUUAACAACAAGCAUAAUAAAGUGCUUAGCGUAAUCCGUUUCCACCUAUAUUUAUUAUUUAUUUUAUUCCACGGACGGCAUGGAGGUUUCCCCAGCUGCUGCAGUUGAGUCUGACGAUGAUGAGUCACGUCAAUGUACGAAUGCACGCAGCAAAGCAAAACGCCUGGACUCAUUUAUCCGUUCAAUUGGCUGACAUACUGACAUGUGAUCACCAGAGAUGGUUAGCUCUGAUUGGUUCAAAUGUGCAUGUUUUCUGAUUGGUUCAAAUGUGCAUGUUUUCUGAAACAGUACCCAAAAAAAAAAAAAAAAAAAAAAAAAUGGAACAACAACAAGCAAUGCAACAGAAAAUCAAAUCUUUAAGAGCAAAGAAAGUGUUAAGUUGGCUUAUUUAUUAUAUUUUGUUUUAUUUGCUCUGAUGGGGAGGUUCAGAACAUCUUAGCUGUCAAUGUGCACUUUAGACUAUUUGUUCAUUUACAUUAGGCUACUUAUUCAUUUCCUUAUGAUUUAAGAAGUCAAGUCAGUUAAGCGCAAUUUUCAAAAUACCUUCCAUUUCACUCUGCAUAAUAUAAGUCAUUUGUACUUAUUUUUCUGAAUGUAUGUUACUUAUAUCUUUAUUAUUAAAAAACAACAAAAAGUAAGUGUUUACAUUAUCUUCAAUUUUAAUAUCCAUCCUAUGUUCUUAAGUAGAUAAAAUUGAGAUUUGGCAUUUAGUAUGUGAGGAAAUGAGGGAAAAUAAAAAAAUAGGAGAUGGAGGUUGGGGUUAUAGCUGUUUUUGUUAACUUUUAUUUUGGAAAUCAUUGGAAAAAAUACAAUUUUGAAGGGAAAUCAAUUUUUGUAUGUGUUACCCCCCCCCCCCCCCCCCCAAAAAAAAAUAAAAUAAAAUAAAAUAAAAAAAUAAAAUUUCUGGCUCCGUGGCGACCUUCACGUUGGGGACUUCCGGCAAGAAAUUCAAACCACUUUCACCCCUGCUUAUGCCUAAUAUAUACAUAACACAAUAAAACAGAAUUGUUGUGGAACUCAAAAUGUUGACUGGACAGUUACGGACUAUGCACAUUAAAUCUUUAGUCACAUCAAGUAUUACACAAUACACCAAAGUAUAUCAGUAGCCAUGUCCUUAAGUCUUUCUGAUCGUUUUCCCCUGACCUUUUUACUAAGCUUGAGAAUGAUAAACCGAUACGACCGGAUAUCCGGUUUUACAGGUGAGAGAUACAGAUGUAUCAAUAGUAAAGUUACCAUUCGACAGUAAUUAGCCAUUAAAUAUUCAAUGAACCGAUAGUAGAAAUAGAAUUCGGCUAUCGUGAGCACAAGAAUCGGCUUCUAAUGCCUAGCUCAAUGCAUUGCUUAAUAUUUUACUUCACAUGCUGCGCUUGUGUCAUUCACCACACAGCGCACUUGGAUCGAGACCGCAUGCAUGAUAUAAUAUGGACAAGCACUACUCACGGUCGUGGUUGCCUCAACUUCCCAUGCAUUUCGGCAGAACCGCUACUAGACGCCGUCAUUACCCAAUCGUCACGUGCAUGUCAUAACAACGCGAGAGCUAACGAAACCGCUAAUGCACGCUCCGUAGCAUUUUCUUCACAGCCGAAAACGAAACUAGUAGUGGCAACGAAGCAACAUGCUAAAACAAUGGACAGUGUGAUCACCGAUGCCAGCGACGUGCAGCGAUUGAUUUUCAACGCAACCAGGAAAACGAAAGUCCGACUUUGAAGUGAUGAAGGCAGCCAGAUAUGUUUGCAUGGGACUGAGCUUGUGUGAAGCGGUACAGAGAUCUUGAGUUUUUAAUCCUGAAAAAUAACCCACUACAAUGGUGGAAAGGGUGGCAUAUUGUCUCCACGAAACGCAGUCUACUUAAACAUGAAGAUGUGAAUUAGUUGAUCUUCCUCAAGAAAAAUCUGCCCUUCAAAAACGAUAUGGACAGUGAUGAGGAAUAAAAAAUGAGGAAGCACAGGCAUAAUUGAAUGACUUUGCUGUGUAUUAGGUUAAAGUAAUGAUUAUUGACCUGUCUAAAAUGCCUUGUUUUUAUUCCCCCAAUUAUACCAGUCGCAAAGCAUAAUUCAUUAUUUAUUUAUGAUAACACUAGCAGGUUUAAUUUUUUUUUUUCUAGAGCUGCCCGCAUAUAAUUAAUAUUUUUUGUUUGUAAGAUGUUUACGUUGAAAGUUUGCACUUAAAUUACUUACCUCUUGUGUUCAAAACACCAGGAAAUACAGUAAUUGAAUUACUGCACUUAAUUGUUGUCUGUCACUGGAGUUUUAUUAUCAAUCCCAUCCAACAAAAUGACGGUCAUAUAGUAAGCCUUAAUUUUUUUUUUUUGGAUAAAAAAAUUUAAACAUAACAUUGGUAUGAAAUUUUGUUUAUUUUACUAUUAGAAAUGUGGUCUUUUUUAUGUUUAAAAUAUUGUACGAACACACAACAAAUGUUUACUAUCGUAUUGUUUUCACUCUGUAUCGAACCGUAUCGUUUUUAAACUGUAUCGAAUCGCAUCGAAUCACUCGGCCAUAAAAAUGUAUCGUUUUUGAAUCGAAUCGUAACCUGUAUCUAGAUACAUAUCGAAUCGGCUUCAUGCCAGAGAUUCCCAACCCUACUUUUUACUGCAAUAAUAUAAUGAAAACCUGAAAUUAUAGCUUUUAGUUUUGUCCACCAGAAGAUUUUAAGUGGCCCCAUCUAGCCACCCCUAUGAAAAAUUUCUGGAGGCGCCACUGAAAUCAAAACUCCGCCUAUGCUCGUGAUGUCUACCUAAAAGGCGACUCACAGGUGUCUAAUGAAGUUGUUUGUUCAUGUUAAUUAUGACACUUACUGGUGAAUAAAAUUGACUUGCUUUCGGAGCGGGAUGCCCCCUUGAGAGCGGGGUUGUUGACGGGGCAACUUUCUCCGCGAGUGACGCGUAUGCGACGGAAAAGCACAACGAGGGAGUCGCCGACAUGACCCUGCUGAACUUGCUUUAAAACGCGCGCCGCCGCCAUUAGCGAAAUAUCACGGUAGAGAUUUUGACUCACCUCUCAGGGAAAUAAUUGAACGUCAGGUGUUUUAGCGAAAGCUGGGCAUCCUUUUUCUUUCCCACCCCCCGGCGAUGGGAUCCGUGACUUCCGCCCUGACGAGGACACGCCACGCGCUGGUCAAAGUGGGCUCGGAGCCGCAGAGUCACGAAGCGGAGAGGAGCCACUCGGCGCUGGAGUCCGCCAGGAAAAGGAAUCACAAGCCGUCCGGCUUAGCCGCUCGACAGACUUCCCGGCAGUUGUUCGCGGAAGUCCUGAGCCGACAGGACUCGGACGAAGUCAAGAAGUCAGCCGAGGUCCACUCGAGCAAACCGAGUCGUGAGUUGGAACGAUGCCCACCUGUUGCCCAUCAAAGGUCGCCUCAUCGUUCUCGACGCAGGGUGGCAAAUGAAGACGGUGAAAGCUCAAGUCGACCACAGGCCAGUUUUGCACGUUCCAAGUCUCAGAGUGCUUUAUGGAAUGCUAUCACAGCAGGGAUUGGUAUCAAAGGCAAAGAGCAGAGACCCCCUCAGAAUGACCCCCGGAGUCCUGCGGAGAUUCUUGCAGAUGAGCUCCCCCUGACAGACGAGGCAGAUGCCACAGAGAAGACAGCCAUCAGAUUAAGAUGUCUGGUGAAACAGCUGGAGAGAGGCGAAGCUUCCCUUGCCGAUCUGAAGAAGAACCUCGAGUAUGCGGCAUCUGUGCUGGAGUCGGUCUACAUUGAGGAGACGAGGCGUUUGGUGGACACAGAAGAUGAGCUUAGCGACAUCCAAUCCGAGUCGGUACCGUCGGAGGUGCGGGACUGGCUGGCGUCCACCUUUACCCGCCAGAUGGGUCUGAUGCUGCGACGCAACGAGGAGAAACCUCGCUUCAGAAGCAUCGUCCAUGCCGUCCAGGCGGGAAUAUUUGUUGAAAGGAUGUACCGACGCACCUCCAAUUUGGUGGGACUCAGCUACCCCCCUUCUGUAAUAUCUGUGCUUAAGAAUGUUGACAAGUGGUCAUUUGAUGUGUUCGCUUUGAACGAGGCCAGCGGAGACCACGCGCUAAAAUUCAUUUUUUACGAAUUGCUCACCAGAUAUGACCUCAUUAGCCGUUUCAAGAUCCCAAUUUCCGCAGUGGUGUCAUUUGUCGAAGCCUUGGAAGUGGGAUACAGCAAGCAUAAAAACCCCUACCACAACCUGAUGCAUGCUGCUGAUGUCACACAGACUGUUCAUUACCUGCUACUUAAAACUGGCAUGGUGCACUGGUUAACUGAGCUGGAGAUCUUUGCCAUGAUCUUUGCCGCGGCAGUGCACGACUAUGAGCACACGGGGACCACAAACAACUUCCACAUUCAGACAAGGUCUGACACGGCUAUCCUUUACAACGACCGCUCAGUGUUGGAGAGCCACCACGUGAGCGCGGCCUACCGCCUUCUGCAGGACGACGACGAGAUGAACAUCCUGUACAACCUCUCCAAGGAUGACUGGAGAGAACUGCGUGCUCUGGUGGUGGAGAUGGUGCUGGCCACCGACAUGUCCUGCCACUUCCAGCAGGUGAAGGCUAUGAAGAACUUUCUGCAACAGCCUGAGGGCAUUGAUAAGCCCAAAGCCCUCUCUUUACUGCUGCACACUGCUGACAUCAGUCACCCAGCCAAAAGUUGGGACCUCCACCACCGUUGGACCACCUCUCUGCUGGAGGAGUUCUUUAGACAGGGGGACAAAGAGGCCGAGCUCGGCCUUUCAUUUUCGCCACUCUGCGACCGAAAGUCAACACUGGUGGCGCAGUCCCAGAUCGGCUUCAUCGACUUCAUCGUUGUGCCCACCUUUACCGUACUGACUGACAUGAUGGAGCGUAUCGUCACACCGCUCAUCGAUGAAGCAUCGCACUCGGGUCUGGCAGGCUUCCGGCGCUCCAGUCUGAACAGUAUUAGCUCAGAGGAGGCCAAGAGGCACAGCGUGAAGAGCAUAGCCUCCGACAGCUGCUCGUCGGGCCAGAAUUCACUGCUGGCUGUGGACAUCAAGAACUUCAAGGCGCUGUGGAAUGAGGAAGUCUACCAAAACAGGGAGCGCUGGAAAGCUCAAGCCACCAAAGAAGCAGAGGAGCGAGCCAAAAAGGACGCAGAGGAGCGAGCCCAACAGGGAGACGCCAUGGAGCCUCAGGAAGUCCCAGACGACUCCACCGAGCCCAAAGACGGAGAACGGGAGGCGGCUGACCAGGAGGCAGAAACCAAGUCCGAUACCGAUGAAUCGCCGUUGCCAUCAGGGGACGCCGCACAUAAAAGUCCCUCACUGCAGAACGGGGAGUUGUCUGAAGGCCCAGAAUCUCCAGAAAGUGAAGAGACGAAACACACAGUGAUUGAUGGUGAGGUUGCUAUGGAAUGAAAUCCAAGGGCCUUGAAUGGGAGCCAAACUGUUGGACUUUGGCACCCCCUGCAGGAAACCGAGAAACUGACACUUUCACUUCUUUCGUCUUCAGUCUUCUUUGUGACUUUUUCUUUUGACCGUAAUGUACAUACUAUACCACCACGCUCCUGUUGUUGUCUUCCAGUAUACUGGAUGGCUUAACAGCAUUUCAUUUGUGCUUUUCCAUCAUUUCAGCCUGUGUGAAAUUGGGGAGAAAUGUUAAUGAUUUCUGUUGUCAAGCUUAGAAUGCAAACACAAGCCUGUGGAAUGUUUGUCACUUUUUUUGUUUUAUUUUUUUAAGAAAAAACAAAUAUUCCGUGUUUUUGUUCUUCUCGAUGCCUUCUGGCGUGUUUUGGGGCCGUAGCAAAGCAUCUUUUGACUGCCCUGCUUUUCCCCCCGCACUGCAAAUAGAAACUGCAAAUAUUGCUAGCUGUGCAUUUGUAAAAUAUUGUAGUAAACCUCCACUUUGGCUUUAAUUGUACAUGCAUACUUGCAGUUAAGAGCGAGAGAACUGGGCAGUAUUUGCAAUUUCUUUACUAAUGUCUUUGUGUACUUGUGCAUUAUUAUUUGGGUAUUAAUUCAUAGUGCCAACAUGUUGGCAGUUGAUGUGCUUCUUCUUCUUCUAAAAGAAAAUGUCUAUAUAUAUUUAUAUAUUUAUAUAUAUAUAUGAGGGGGAGCCCGAGCCACCUCAGCCAAUGCUACUCCACAUCGAGAGGAGCCAGAUGAGGUGGCUUGGGCAUCUGAUCAGGAUGCUUCCCGAACAUCUCCGUAGUGCAGUGUUCCAGGCACGUCCUACAAGCAGGAGACCACAGAGCCGACCCAGAAGACACCAGGGAGACUAUUGUCUCGGCUGGCCUGAGAAUCCCCUGAAAGCGCUGGAUGAAGUGGCUGGGGAGAGGGAAGUCUGGGCUUCCCCUCUGGUGAGCAGGAGAAAAUGGAUGGAUAGGUUGUAGGGUAGUAUAUGUGUCAUCCUCAAGGUUGGGUCAGCUAUCAGAGACAUCGGAGUUUGAGGGUUCUGCGCAGUAUCUUAGCUGUUCCUAGGACUGCACUCUUUUCGACUGAGGCUUCAGAUGUUUUUCCUGGAAUCUGCUGCAGCCUUCUCCCAGCUUGGGGGUUACUGCCCCAAGUGUUCCCACUACCACAGGAACCACGCUAGCCUUCAGCUUCAACUGUUCUUUCAUCCCUUAUUACUUCUCCACCAUUCUUCCUGACGUUGGUGUCAGCUGGUAUUGCUACAUCUAUCACUGUCUCUCUCUUCUGCUCUUUGUUCACCAAUGUCUAAUUGGUUAGCCUAGAGCUGUUUGUUCAGUCUGGAACAGUGGUUCUUAACCUUGCUAAAGGUACUGAAGCCCACGAGUUUCACAUGUGCAUUCACCGAAUACUUCAGAAUUAGAUAACAAAGCAAUUUAAAAAAGUUUCUAAACCUGUUAUAGCUCAGCGAGAAAGCUAAUAACUAAGUGAAUUCUGCUUCAGGUAUUGUCACAUUAGUCACAUUGUCACAAGUAUGCUUUAAAAUAGGUCAAAAUUUGAGUCCAUGCUGACCAUAAGUCUGCUUUACUUCCCCAUACCCAGUGCGAGUCAACUUUCCACUGAGCAAACCAGUUUUUUUAAUACCAUUAAAUAGAAGGCUAGCAGUUGAAAGAAAUGGAAUACAGCCUGUAAAUUGGAGGCAAACCAGUCCAAAACCUGGUCUAAAACAUCACUUUGCUGAGAUUAAGUCAGUGUACGAAAAUAGGGCCCUUUGCAGAAACCCUUAAACUUACUCACCGAACCCGUGGGGUUCCACUGAACCCAGGUUAAGAACCUCUGGUCUGGAAGCUGAAGUCCCACAGAACCUUGGUUACCCUCUGUGGAAUGGCCCAUUGGGAUCUGGGCACUUCAAUUCCAGACUAGGCACAGUUGUUCCUUGGUUGUGCCUCUCAAUAUACGCUGAUCCAGCUAGCAUCUUACACCCUGCCACGAUGUGACACUGGAGAAUAUUUGCAUCGAGUCUGAUCUGCUCUGGUAGAUCUUGGCCUCUGCGGCUCUUGUACCUACUCUUGUGGAGCCAUGAUUAGAGUCUUUGCUAUCUGUCAGUCCAGCGUACUCUAGCCACUGGUAGGAUUUUUUGAUGUCAGCCACUUUUUUAACUUGCAGGUGGAACAUUUCAUGUAGGGGCUUGUCUCUCCAGGUUGUUUGUCUCUGCUGCCUGAGACAUUCACUUACCAGCUUAUCUUUCGGAGCCAUCUUGAUGUAUUAUAGGGUUUUUUAUGUUUAAUCUCAGACUGUGGACUUGACGCUAGCUUUCUGUAUAGUCUCAGGGUGCUGGAAUAGGAUUGGCCAGCUUAUUAAACCACCUAGGUAUCUGAUGACUGGUAGUGCGUACAUGUUGAUGGCCUGGAUCUUGUUCUUACCAUUUGCUGACUCUUCAGGACUUGCCUUACUCUAGGAAGGAACUUGAUUGUGACUGACUUCCUUGUGACCUCCUCGUGGUUUCCAUUGGCCUGCGGGAUACCAAGGUUCUUGUAGCUGUCUUGGAUAUCACCUAUUUUGCCCUGCGGUAGUUCAACCCCAUCAGUUCUGACAAUGUUUCCUCUCUUUGAAACCACCUGGCCACACUUUCCCAGUCGGAAUUACAUCCCUAUGUCAUUGCUGUAGAUCCUGGUUGUGCAAUUCGAUUUCUCGCUCAUUCCUAGCGUACCGCUUGAGUCCAUCCAUGUAGAAUAGGUGGCUGAUUGUUGCUCUACUGGUAUCCUGAGCCACUCUUUGUGCAGAUUUGACUGAGGUGGUUCAAACCUCAGCAGUGGUGAUAACGCAUCUACUUGGUAUAUAACACACUUGAUGUUGACUUUGGCAAUUGACUUUUGAGUCUGCUUCUAUGGUAGUCUUCCACAUCCACACUGAGAUGAAGGUUCUGAGCUCUCACUUCUUCCUGUUGGUCUUAUACAUUUUCAGGCAUUCUAGUAUCAAUGUGUGUGGCAUUGAGUCGCAAGGCUUUCUUUUAGUCAAUCCAUGUAGUGCUAAAGUUGGUCUAUUUUUGCAAUCCCUGGUGACAGCUCUAUCAACCAGUAGCUGAUGUUUGGCUCCUCUGGUGUUAUUGCCAAUUCCAUUCUGAGACCUGCUCAUGUAUUGAUUGAUUUGGUCGUUCAACCCAUCACUUAUGACAAUGUUGCCUCUCUUUGAGACCAUCUGGCCGCACUUGUCCAAUCCAAAUGAUAUCCCUAUGUCAUUGCUGUACAUCCUGAUUGCGCAAUUCGAUUUCUUGCUCAUUCCUAGCGUACAGCUUGAGUCCAUCCAUGUAGAAUAGGUGGCUGAUUGUUGCUCUACAGGUUCCCGGAGCCAGUCUUUGUGCGGAUUUGACUGAGGGGGUUCAAACGUCAGCAGUGGUGAUAACACAUCUCCUUGGUAUAUAACACACUUGAUGUUGACUUUGGCAAUUGACUUUUGAGUCUGCUUCUAUGGUAGUCUUCCACAUCCACACUGAGAUGAAGGUUCUUAGUUCUUACUUCUUCCUGUUGAUCUUAUACAUUUUCAGGCAUUCUAGUAUCAAUGUGUGUGGCAUUGAGUCACAAGGCUUUCUUUUAGUCAAUCCAGGUAGUGCUAAAGUUGGUCUAUUUUUGCAAUCCCUGGUGACAGAUCUAUCAACCAGUAGCUGAUGUUUGGCUCCUCUGGUGUUAUUGCCAAUUCCAUUCUGAGACCUGCUCAUGUAUUGAUUGAUUUGGUCGUUCAACCCAUCAGUUCUGACAAUGUUGCCUCUCUUUGAGACCAUCCGGCCACACUUGUCCAAUCCAAAUUAUAUCCCUAUGUCAUUGCUGUAGAUCCUGGUUGUGCGAGUUGAAUUCUCGCUCAUUCCUAGCGUACAGCUUGAUGCCAUCUAUGUAGAGUAGGUGUCUGAUUGUUGCUCUACAGCUUCCCUGAGCCACUCUUUGUGUGGGUUUGACUGAGGAGGUUCAAACCUCAGCAGUGGUGAUAACGCAUCUCCUUAGUAUAUAAUACACUUGAUGUUUGGCAAUUGACUUUGAGUUGGCUUCGGUGGUAGUCUUCCGCAUCCACAUCGGGUUCUGGAUGAAGGUUCGUAGUUCUUGCUUCUCCCGUGAUCUUCUAGAUUCUAGUAUCCGUGUGUGGCAUCGAGUCGCAAGGCUUUCUUGCAGUCAAGUGCAAAAGUUGGACUGUCUAUUUUUGCUGUCUCUGGCGACUGCUCUAUCAACCAUUAGCUGAUGUUUGGCUUCUCUGGUGUUAUUGCCAAUUCCAUUCUGAUCCCUGCUUAUGUAUGUAUACAUGCUUACUCAUCUUCGCCACAUUGAUGCCUGAUAGGGCCUUCCAUGUUGUGCAGAGACAGGUUAUUGGCUGGUAGUUGGAUGGGAAGUUCUUUUCUGAGGGUCCUUCAUAUAUAUAUAUAUAUUUACACAUAAAGGGAGAAUUUAACUACAAAUAUCUAGAACUGAGAAAGAACACAUGGAUGUUUAGGGAAGUUUUUCGAAGUUUGACAAUUUUUUGUUUUAGAUUUUUAUGAUAGGGCGACAUUAUGUUCUGUGAGAAAGUUUUCUCUCUACCUGUGUGCCUCUUACUCUAAAUGUAACUGCACCUGUAGGAACCAGUCGUCAUUGUUCCUGCAACCUGCUGAUAAUGUUUGAUGUGCUCUUUUUGUGCUGUAACUUUUUGUCUGUUCUUUUCCUCAGCCAGUGGUUUUCAUUUAUUUGAUAUUUUUCCCCUAAAUGCACAUCCCUUUCCCAUUAAAAAGAAAAUAUAUAUAUACAUUUUUGAAAGAAAUCUUUUUUGUUAUCUUUACUGCACGAUGAUUUUUUUCUUUCAUUAUGUUGCAUUUGCUUUAGUUUGCCCACUUUAAUUUGGUGGGUUAAAAUAUUCAGUUUUUCUUUCCCGCCACAUUUUGUAAUAUUGUUUCUUGGUAAAAUGAUUUGGAGGGUUUUUAUUAUUGUUUUGUUUUGUUUUUUUAAUCCGAAAUAACCGUUGCUUUGUUGAAUAAGCCAUUUUUUAUGCUGCCCUCCCCAAAGCACACUUUCAUUAGUUGUUUUAGUGGAUAACUUUUGGGGUAAUGUUUUUUUUUCUGUUUUUGUUGUUGUCUGCUAUUAUAGUUGCUCAUUUUUUUUGCUUUUUGUUUGUAUUUAUCUCACACUGUUUUGCACAGUUAGUCCACUUAGGUAUCCUCCUGAGACCCUGCAUACUCAUUUGAGGACAUUAGAUUUCUGCCUCUGAGACCCAUUAAACGUCAUUAUUUAAAACCUUUUUGACUACUUUGGCACAUUUAGGCAUGUUGGCAGCACCCUCUUGUGGUGUCUAAACUACUUUAGACCUUUUUAAAUGAAUGAAGAACGGGCUUCAAAAUCUGUUUAAGGUUUCUCCAGUAGCUCAGUGAAGAAAACUUGAAAAGGUAACCUCUACAUCCAAGUUUUGUGAACAAAUAGUAUAUUUAUGUUAAAUAACAUCUGUAGUUUGAUGUAACAUAGAAAAUUGACAUUAAUUUGUAAAACCUACAAACAGUCAAACAGUAAAUAUGAGAAAAUAUACUAUUCCAUGAUUGAUUAUAUUAAGUAUGUUGGAGUAAAACAAACAGUCGAUCAGAAAAUACCAGAAAAGAUGCUAUUCCCUUCACAGGUUAGCAAGUUCACACAGUUUAAUGUUAUGCUAACGGUGAUGUAGGUCAGACUAUCAGUAGCUAAAUUAGUGGUGUGUUCCCCACUUCCCCAACAUUGACGUUUCUUUACAUUUCUUACAGUGGCUGCUGCUGGCUGGAAAAAAACGUGUAUUCCUAAUAUCCAAUUUCUGUGUGUGUGUAUUUGCGGUCAAGUCAUCAGCCAAUCCAAUGUGCGUUUACGAGGAAAAAAAUGGGCCGGCACAUUCAGGAAGUGAAAAGAGGUACCUGUAAGUCUGAACAUAAUGAAUAUAAUUCACUUAAUAAUGGUGGUGUCAAUUACAACAAUUAACACAUAGGGGAAGACAAGCUAAAUGGUAAAUGGUGUUACUGAAGUCAUUAUACAGUGGGGCAAAUAAGUAUUUGGUCAACCACCAAU